CCUCCUCAGUCGGGCUCGGGCGUGCCUCUGGCGAACACCCACACUUCCCCACGGAGCACGCCUGCUGCUGAACGGACCGGCGACGGCUUCUUGCGGACUUCUUGUUCUUGUCAGCUAAUCCUGUGGAUAUUUUUGCUUUUGUGGUCCCGGUUCGGGCUCGAGUCCACUAACAUGCACAAUCCGGUGCAGAUCAAUAAGGAAGAACAGCAAAACAACGUUUUCGUUUCGGAUCCCGCCAGAGAGGAUCCCGCCACAAGCGACGCUUCUCUUCAAGGUUUUUCGAAGGCCUGUAGUGUUACGAUUGAGUCGACCCCGCCAAUGCAACAAAGUUCACCACCACCGCCAGUGACCAAGCCACAGAACUGUUGCGCUCGAUGUCGUGGACACGGAAGAAUAGCCUUUAAAACUGGACACGGGACCUGCCCAUAUGAACUGUGUCGCUGUGUCUUUUGUUGCAAGUGGAUGGAACGGGGUAUGAAAAGAAAGAUGAGAAAUAAAUUGAGAAGGAACUCUUUGGAAUUUUCCCCCUGGCCUCAGGCGUCCGCGACCGGAACAAACUUCAGCGUCGGUCAAGACCCUCGAGGCGUGCCAGGAGCAGCCCCUGGACCGAGCCCCACCACUGUGGCCGGAUGGGAGCAGGAGCACGGCUGGCAUGGCGCGCCGCAGCCUGGCCUGCCCCCCACCUCGCCGUCACCGACGCACGACGACUGGGGGCCCGACGAGGCAAAUAUCUUGCCGAGUGAGUUGGUGCAAAUAAAGCUAGAAGAGGACGAAACUUUGGCCACACCUGACCGAGAUGUGAAAAAUCACAUAAGUUCGGCCUCUAAAGCCACCCCGCCCAGCACGUCGCGCCCGGCUGCUUUCGCUCCGACAGACGCCCCCGCAGGUGCCCUCGCAGGCGCCCCCGCAGGCGCCCCCGCAGGCGCCCCCGCAGGCGCCCCCACAGGCGCCCCUGCCCCCACUGCACCUGUCGCCAUCCCCGCACCUGCCACCACUUCCGCACCUGACGCACCUAUUGUGCCCGCCACGCCCGCCUCGCCCCGCUGCUGCACAACGAACAUGAGUUGCCCGGCGUACCCCAGCUGCCGGUCGCACUUCUCUUCGGAGGUGGAGUUGCAAGACCACGUGGACACGGUGCACCUGAAAUUGAUAUCACUGGCACGCCUGGAGGAUCUCUUUCGCAUGAUGAGGUUGGCUGUUUGUACCGACCUCUCGGCUGAGCAGAUGGAAGAAAAACUAAUCGGAUCGCCGCAUUCCCUGAGACGAUAUGAUUGUCUUUAGUAAACUUGAAGAACCAGGUUGUACAACGCACACAAAAGGUCACACAUUUUGGGCGCAUUUAAUGUGCAUUACGCGCAUUCCACGCGCAUUUAAAGCGGUGAAGCGCACCCACAAAAUGUGUUCUCAAUUCAAGAACAUCCCCAAAAUUUUAAGGCAAAUGUUCUUAUUUUAACCCCUAUUUACACUUAAAACCAUGGUUUUCAGUGCAACUGUGAAAAAUAUCCUCGUAAAUUUACGACAUUUGUUGUAAUUUGAUUCACAAAAUUUGGUCGUAAACUUACGACAGCCCAUUCUUGCUUCCCGGUCGGUUCCAAGUCGAUAGGGAGUUCUUGAAAAUUAACCAUUCAUUUCAAAUUGUAAUUUUACGACUUUUGUCAUGGAAAAUUUUCCCGUAACCCUUACGAGUAUCUUUUACAGUGACAAGUAAAGGUAUUGGAGGAAUCCCAUUUGUCCUAAAAUUUUGGGGGUGUUCUUGAGUCGAGAACAUAUUUCUUUGGGUGGGCAUUAAAAGUAGUGCAUCCAAUACGGCAAUGACUUGACUUGACUAUGUAAACAGGAGGCCUCUGCUGGCCCGUGACCUUUCAUGCGCAUAGCGCAUAUAUUAGAUGCAUUCCACGCAUUUAAAGCGGUUAAUGCAUUCUAACACGUCCAGUGCGGCACGAGUACAUCACACCGCACUGAACGGGUUAAUGUACAUCGAGCGCGUUUCAUGCGCAUAGAAUGCGGUAAAAAAAGCGCACGAAAUGUGUUACCUGUGCGCAUUUUAAUGCACGUUGCCGAAUAUCUCCUAUGGUUCUCUUCGAAGAGAAUAUUGGUAAUUGUCUUUAUAUCCCUCCUUAUGAUAGGCUUAAUAACUCUGUCUGAUUCCGAAAAACUAACAAGUCUAUUGUACCGUUUCACGUAUUUUUGUGCUGCGUCACUUCGCUGAAUUUUGCUAGAGGGAGAUUGAUUAGAAUAUGAUAUGUAGACCAUACUUUUGUGGCUUUGUAGCUGACUGAUCUCGAGGACUGUGGCCUUGAAUUUGCCGUGACUAUAAAAGGCAGCCGCUGUUAUCAGAAAAAGGUUACAACUUGUAUUACUCUACCAAUUUAAAGUGAUGAAUGCGCUGAUUUAAAUCAAUUUAAUAAAAACAAUAAUUUUUAGCGUUAAUUACCUGAGUCCUAAGUUAAGUACGGGAACUGAAGUAAAAUGGUUUCAAGUCGUCAGGAAGAGUUUUCACUCGUUUGUACACAGUAUUACAAAAUCCAUGCAUUACGGCGGUAUAACGCUGGCAUUUUUAUCGUGUUGAACCCUAAAUUCAACAAUGUAUUCGCUUCUCAUUGCAUAGGAUAUGUAAUGAAAAGUAUGCGGUCUUGCGGAGAAACAUUAUUUAAUAAAUGAUAUACAUACACCCCUA